UCUCAGGAGCGCAGAGAGGCGGUGGUGGCAGCGGCGCUGUUGCUGCUCUUGCCGCCACGAUGCCUUCUGCGGGCUGCUGCGAGGAGGCAGAAGGCGCCGCCGCCGCCCCUGGGGAAUGUCCCUUCUCUGCGAGCCCUCCGGCGGCGCCCCCCUCGGCCUCGGAGAGGCCCCGGCUUUGCGGCUACCUGCAGAAGCUGACGGGGAAGGGCCCGCUGCGGGGCUUCCGCAGCCGCUGGUUCGCCUUCGACCCGCGUUGCUGCGCCCUCUACUACUUCAAGGGCUCCCAGGAGGCGGUGCCCCUCGGACGCCUCGACAUCGCCGGAGCCUCCUUCAGCUACCACCAGCCGGCCGAGGCCCCCAGCGCUGCCGCCCCCAGCGCCGCCGUCCCGGCCUCCGCCUCCUUCUCCGCCGCCUCGUCCUCCUGCUCCUUUUCCGGCGGCGGCGGCGGCAGCAGCAGCGUCGGCGUCGGUGUCGGGGAUGUAGAGGCCGCCCUCGGCAGCACAUUCGAGAUCCACAACCCCGGCGGCGUCACCGUCCUCAAGGCACCAACACACCAGGAUAUGAAGUACUGGCUUCAGGAGCUUCAGCAGAGGAGAUGGGAGUAUUGUAACAGCCAUGAUGCAACUAAGAGAGUCAGUCAAAUUUCACCGACACCAUGUGACUCCUCCAAAGGGCUUGUUGCCAAAGACAAUACUGAUUGGACCACCAUGUUUUCAAAUGCAUCAGCAGAGAAAGCUAGAAAUGUCCUAAUGACGGAGGCAGCACGCACAGAACUGGUGGGAGAACAGGCAGCAUGCCAACCAGCCCCAGGCCAGCCAAGUGCCAUUAACUUUUCUUUGAAGCAACUUGGUACAGAUAUCAAGAACUCUGUGUCUUCACUAAGAACUGGAAAAGGAAGCAAUGACAACCGUAAGAGUAUUUUUUAUACAGAGGAGUGGGAAUUUCUAGAUACGAAGGAUUUGGAGGAGUCGAUAGUUCAAGAUCGGAAGAGGUUUUCAGCAGAGCAGAGCAAAGGCGUGUCUGGUCCAGCCUUUCCAUUUGAUUUUGGCCGCAUUCCACACAGAACAAGGCGUCCUUUAAAGGAAAUGAUUGCAAGCAGCAAAAACCGGAAUAGCACAGAGUCUCCUCCUGAUGAGUGUAAUGGAAACAAGCUGGCUUCCGAGAUGCAGCUGAAGUUCCAGAGCCAACAGGAAGAGUUGGAGAGUCUCGAGAAGGAGCUGUUGAGUCAAAAGGAACUUGUGCGGCUUCUGCAGCAGACUGUCAGAUCUUCACAGUAUGACAAAUAUUUUGUAGGGCAUCUUUGUGAUGGAGUCCCCAAAGAUAAGUUAGAGCUGCUUCAUGAAAAAGACAAUCAGAUAUUGGGUCUCAACAACCAGCUUGAAAAGCUUAAUCUGGAGAAGGACAGUUUGCGGCAGGAAGUAAAGAAUUUGAAAUGCAAGGUGGGCGAGCUCAAUGAGCAGUUGGGCAUGCUUAUGGAGACCAUUCAAGCCAAAGAUGAAGUGAUCAUGAAACUUUCCAGGGAGCUGAGUGAAUGUGAGGGCCAGUCAUCUGGCCAGAGUGGAGGAUCAGCCCAUUCUCCCAUGUCUUCUUCCAUCAACAAAGAACUGCAGGAGCUUGACAGGCUGAAAGAUAGUCUUCAGGGUUAUAAGAACCAGAACAAAUUUUUAAAUAAAGAGAUCCUAGAACUGUCUGCUUUACGGAGAACUGCUGAAAACAGAGAAAGAGACUUGAUGACGAAGUAUACAAGCCUUGAAGCCAAGCUCUGCCAAGUGGAAAGUAAGUAUCUUAUCUUGCUUCAAGAGAUGAAGACCCCAGUUUGCUCAGAGGAGCAGGGUCCUUGUCAUGAUGUGGUGGCCCAGCUCCUGGAAGAUGCCUUGAAAGUGGACAGCAGUGAGCACCUGGAGCAGACAUACUUCAAACCUCACAUGGUCAGUGAAUAUGAUAUUUAUGGGUUUCAGACCGUCCCAGAGGAUGAUGAGGAAGAGAAGCUGGUAGCGAAGGUUCGGGCCUUGGAUCUGAAAUCCCUCUCCCUUACUGAAAACCAGGAGAUGUCCACAGGGGUGAAGUGGGAAAACUAUCUGGCUAGCACCAUGAACAGGGAGAUGGUACGCUCUGUGGAACUCAAGAACCUCAUUCGGUGUGGGAUUCCGCAUGCCCACCGCUCCCAGAUGUGGAAAUGGUGCAUUGGCUUGCAUGUAAAGAAGUUCAGAGAACACAUGGACCCAGGCUACUUCCAAGCACUGCUUCAGAAUGCCCUGAAGAAGCAGAACCCGGCUUCAAAGCAGAUAGAGCUAGAUCUUCUGCGGACUUUGCCCAACAACAAGCAUUACUCUUCUCUGACAUCUGAAGGAGUGCAGAAGCUGCGGAAUGUCUUGCUUGCAUUUUCUUGGCGGAACCCAGACAUAGGAUAUUGUCAGGGUCUCAACAGACUGGUGGCAAUUGCGCUUCUCUACUUGGAACAGGAAGAUGCCUUUUGGUGCCUAGUCACAAUAGUGGAGGUCUUCAUGCCCCGGGACUAUUAUACUAAAACCCUUCUAGGCUCCCAGGUUGACCAGAGAGUCUUCAAGGACUUGAUGAGUGAGAAACUCCCUCGGCUGCAUGCCCACUUUGAGCAAUACAGAGUGGAUUACUCGCUCAUCACCUUCAACUGGUUCCUUGUUGUGUUUGUGGACAGUGUGGUCAGCGACAUACUCUUCAAGAUAUGGGACUCUUUUUUGUACGAGGGGCCAAAGGUAAUGUUCCGGUUUGCUUUGGCGCUCUUUAAAUACAAAGAGGAGGAGAUCUUAAAACUGCAAGACUCAAUGUCCAUAUUCAAGUACCUCAGAUACUUCACUCGCACAGUCCUUGAUGCUAGGAAACUUAUCAGUAUUGCUUUUGGGGAUCUGAAUCCCUUUCCAUUGCGCCAGAUAAGAAAUCGGAGGGCCUACCACCUGGAGAAAGUCCGCCUGGAGCUCAUGGAACUUGAAGCCAUUCGGGAAGACUUCUUGCGUGAGCGAGAAACUAACCCAGAUAAAAGGGACCUCAUUAGUGAUGAUGAAGAAGAUGGUUGAGGAAGCCCCAGGGGACAAGACUCUUUCUGGAAGCUUGACCAAAGUUUUGUGAAGUGGCCUCUUCCGUAAGGAUCCAGCAAAACUAAGCAACAUCAGCUGGAAAUUUGCAGGACAGAUUUCCAAGUCUUUAGCAUGCCGUUGCAGAAAUCUCCACCCCCUGCUAAAAUUUCUCUUUCCAUUUCUCUUUUUUUGCCAGAGUGUUAAAGAGCACUUUUUCUUGCACCUUGCAUCUGAGCUGCCGCUUUCCCCCUUCUCUGAAGGACUCAUUUUUGAAGUGCCUACACAUAGGAAGCAGUAGCGCAAAGUCCUUAAUCUUUUUAAUAUCCACCAUCUUACACUUAUUUCCCGGUUGCUUUCCCCAAUCUUUCCCCUGCCCCAAAAUCCAUUUGGGAGAAUCGCUCCUCAUUAGCCUUGAGAAUAUUGAACUAAGCUGGCAUUUUUCAUUGGCAGUCCACCUAUGUUUGUUUAAAACCAGCCCAAAUAUUGACAGUUCUUCAGCAUAUCUGUGCACGUACUUAAAAACCAUGAAAAUGUGAAGAGGCUGCAUGGAGCCAGUCAAAAGCCUUUCAGUGCUUUUGCCAGGGAGCAAAGUCCUCUGAAGACAUCAUUCCAUUGGUCCUAGUGGCUCUGUUUUUAGCAAGAAGAAUUGCUGACGUCUGUUUUCACAUAGUGCUAAAUGAGCACCUUGAGGACUAUUAAUAAGGCUGCCUUGGACACCAUUGGUCUAUCUCACUUUAAGAACUGUGGAAGGCAAGAAGUAGUUCUGCUGGAAGAGUUUUCUCUGGGUACUAUGGGAAUGAAAUAAAUUGUGCUUUCUCCCUUACAUGAUACUCUUAAAGGCAUAGGAGUCCUCUCCAGGAUGGCAGAAGGAUAUGUUGUGUUUUGCCAGCACCUACCUGUUCUGGCCAGGUGAGGGUGCUCUUGCCUGAUGGGCUUCCCCCUCCAUGUAAUCCCAAUGAGCACUUGAUCCUUGGAGAUUUAUAUUGAGAUGCAUUUUUUUUAUGAGUGGCAGAUUGCUCAACUAAGCAAUCAUAUUGGCUUGACUUAAUGACCUGUGAAAGUGCUAUAAAUUCACCUGAUUUUUCUGCCACAGAGAGGUUUGGCUAAGAUUAACCCUAAAAGAAUCAAACAAUGUGAAUUGUGUAUUUCCUAUCUCUUAUGAAAGGUUUAAUUUCUGAUAAUAUUUAAACUUGUUUUUUCUUUUUCUUUCUGCACCUCUGUACUUCUUUCUGUUGCACAUUUUUAGGUGCUUGGCUCCUGUCAUUUUGCUGAAACUUAACGCCAGUGAAAUUACAGGUGGAUUCCUUCUAUUGUAUUAUUCUGAUCUUUGCAGAAAUAUGUGUUAUCUUAGAUACAGUUGAUGAACCUGGAGAAAAUGAAGGCAGGUGGUUCAGGUGGUUCAUUUUUUUGAGGGAUGGGUGUUCUUUUUCAUUAUUAAAGAUGACUGUUCUGAGACUCUCCCCUUCAUCUUUCCCACACUUGAUGUGCCUUUUUAUUAGGCAGUAUAAUUCUCAAGAAAAAAAGGUAGACUACAGUGUGGAGAAGGGAAAAGUAAUACCCCAACUUGCCUUAUUAGAAGAAGAUACGGAUAUGAAUGCAAUAAUAAUAAUUUUAUUAUUUAUGUAAAAAAGAAUUCCUUCCUUACAUGCUCUCCUUCCAAAAGUCGCCAUGGCCUUUUCAGCCCUGGGGAUGUUUACCUUCAUCCGACAAGUGGCCUGCAGUCAAGAUUCCUUUCUCUGAAGAACAGUUUCCUCCUCUGCCACCUUGUAAGCUGCUCUUGACAGCAAAGGCUUAGAGAUUGUUUGCAGGAGUGGCGUGCAGGGAAUGCGGAGAGAAAGAGCACCUCUCUACCUAUGCGCAAGAAUCUGUGAGCAUGUUAUAAAGCCUCUUUUUCCAGACUGUGGCCAUUCUCUUUCUGAUGGUUUCUAAAACGUAUCAUCAAUUGACAAUUUUGUUGUGGGGUUUUUGGAGCUAGGGAAUAUUUUGGCCAUGAAAUUUUCACCUGUGCUCAUAGCAGUGCAAGAGUGUACCAUUUUAUUUCACUCUUUAUUUCAUGUGGCAUGUCAGCUUGGUACUAUCUGGCAGCACUCAGUCCUUUGACGGCAGGAUCGGAACCAUCCGUGGGGCAAGCAAGGGAGGACACAGGAGAUAGAUACAGUGCAAGCUGAACAGAUGGGCCUCGGAAUACAUUAGUGCCACUUACCAUUUUUAAAUACAUUGUACCUGAAUAAUACUAAGAUUCCUCUGUGUAUUACAUGUACUGUAUCUUCAAUUCCUGUUGUAAGAAGUGUUGAAAACCACAGAUGGAACCACUUGGAUUUAUGCCAGGCUGUCAGAUUUUCUUAACUGUCUUCUGAUAGGGCUGAAAGAGUCUCAAACCAAAUGUGGGGUAGAAUAUUUUUGUUUUCUUAGCACUUGCUUGUUAAAGGGGAUCCAUCUGUGUUCUUUGAAACUCCAAUAUUUGGAUAGUGAAUAGUAGUUGAAACACCUGACUUUUAUAUGCUUGAAGAAUUCCCACAAACAACUAAACAUAGGUGAUGGUGGAGAGUGAAGACAACACCCAUUGUGCCAAUGUUAUUUUGUAGGCUGCUGCAAAUCCUCCUCAGUUUUGUAGCAUCUUUGUUAUUACUUACCUUGAAUCUACUAGAUUGUUAAGGAUGUUCGACUAGUUAAACAGAAAAAAAUCGAUUAUUGCAAAUGCUGUUAUUGCCACUGCAAAGACGGUUAUGUUCAGUGCACCUGAACUCACAUGUGAAAGAGUUAUCCCCCCCCCCCCGGGGGGGGGGGUUGGACCCACUUUGGAAAUUGGAUGACAAGCUCCUGCUGCCUGACAUUUGUAUGCUGGCCUAGAAAUCAAACCCAUGAGACAGACCACAGUUCUGUGAGAUGAUUCCAAGCCUCAAACUUUAGGAUCGAACAAGGCAAGAAUAUUUGAAAACCUAAGAGCAGAGAUCAACAAAGAAAGUUUGAACAACUUAUAUUUUAAAUUCUACACUUUAUAUAGAUACAUAUAAUCUUUCUUUUUGGUUCUGAAAAUUAGAUGUAUCUGAUUUUUUUUUCUCAAUAAAGUUUUUCAAAAAAGAAAAAGAAAAAGAAAGUUUGAACAACCGCCCCCUGCCCCCCGCCACUCAAUAUGUGCCAUCUUUUUCAGGUCUCAUUUACUGCAAUGAGGUUUUUCUGGUUACUCUUUCUUUUUUUGUAAAGAAUUUCAAAAUGUGUUACAUAUUAUAUAUGCAAAGUAUCUUAUGCAUGAUUUCUCUUUUAAGUAUUGUAUAAUCCACACCACUGAAGCAGUUUGUGCAAGUUUCCAAAUCACAGACCAAUUUUUUAUUACACUAGAGGCAGAGAGAAUGGGGAUCAAGCAGUACAUGUCUAGCCCUUUACUGCACAGUAGGCAGAUUUUCUCUAUAGUUGUCAAGUGCUACUCAGUAGGCAGAAACUGAUCAUGCCCAGUCCCCUUAAUCUAGAACAGUAUUUGCCAACCUGGAGCCUUUCAUGUGUGUUGGACUACAACUCAAAUUAGCCCCAGCCAGCACACCCUACAAUGCUGGGUCUCAUGAGAGUUGUACUCCAAAACAUCUGGAGGGCGCUGAGUUGGCCAGGGCUGAGCUGGAGCAUCUUUUGUGCAAGCCUGGCUAAAAUGAAUAGGAAGUGUGGAUGAGCCUUCCUCUUUUGAGUGGGGCUUACAUGGAAUAUGUUCCUACUGGAAAGUCCCUUGUUAAACAUUGAACUUGAACAACUCUUUCCUCUUCCUACAGCUGUAGUUGUCUUCUGCAUUAGCAUGAGGAAUUAGGCUUGUCGUUUGUCCAAGCCAUUACAAACCACUACUUAGUCAAUUUGACAAACACAUUCAUAAUCAUGCUUUGCUUUGGUCCCUCAUGAAGAAAUUUAAAAACUUGUUUCUCUUUUGGUGUUGUUAAACUUUUGUACAGCUCUUAAAUCAUCCCUUGGGAAGUAUUAUGUAUUAGAAACAACCAGGGAUGUUGGCACAAUGGUUGCAUCCUUGAACUGUAACCUGGUUCUGUACUGGAAAUCUUUGCCAAAAAUAAUAAAAAUCAGUAAUUUUGUAA